AUGGCAGACCCGGGAGCAAGGGUGGUGCAUAUCUUUAGCGGGCAAGUUGCCGCUGCAGAGAACUGGCCACCGAUCCGUCUUAAGGAGGUCCACCGACAAUUCUUCAUCUGUGCGCUCUGCCGCACUGUUCCCAACCGAACAGUCGUGCUGCCCUGCAGGCAUUGUUUCUGCGAUUCCUGCCACAGCGGAAUUGUUGAAGUUAACGGCUCUGUGUGUCCACUUUGCAACGUGGCAAUCAAAGAUCGACCCUGCAGGAAGAUCAACUUGCCUGCCAAGGAAGCUGGUAACUUGGAGGCCCUUUGCUUGAAUGACGGCUGCGACUUUGUGGGCAGCAUCGAAGAGGUAGUGCAGCACUACGAGAAGGAAUGCAAGUACCACACUGUGCAGUGUCCACGCUGCCAACGAAGAAUAUUGCACAGAGGCAUGGUAUCACACUAUCUUGGCGAGUGCAUCCGGCUGCGAGGUACGAAAUCAUCCCCGUCCUCCCAGAGCGCUUCUUGCGCAAGUGGUGCAGAACUUAACAUGCAAGAGCCUAACCUAACAAAAGACCCGUUGUCUACCAUUAUGAGACAAGUGAACGAACUCCUGGAACUAAAUAAAACCUCUGACUCUGCGCGUUUGCAAGACUUCAGCAGAGCAGUCACCACUUUUGAGGAUAGUUGUCUACACUUUAUGGAAAACAUCCAGGUGAGCAUCUCCUCCAUGGUUGCGGAACGAGUCAAUAUGGGUCUAGAAGAAGUAAAGGCACUGAUCAGAGGCCAGUGCAGUAAUAACCUGUCAACAGUAGAGAGCCAAGCGAACGAGUCUGUUGAUAAUUUAAGGCAGCACGAUGCCUCCAGAUCCGAGCCACUGGCACGUGCGCUUAGAGACUCUGAAUGUAGGCUUAAAGAUAUGAAAAAAGUUCAGGCUGAUCGCUCUUCUAGGCACACUGAGACGCUGGAGUCCCUGCAGAGAUCGACUGAUUCGCAACGACUGAAUGCGGGUCUAGAAGAAUUGAUGACGUUCAUCACAGAUCUGUGCAGUGGAUCUCUGUCCACAGUUCAGAGCAGAGUGAACGAACUGGUUGCACUUUUAGAGAAGCAUGAUGCCUCCCAAAAGCAGAAAAUUGCACAUUCACUUGAAUGCUCCGAAGAAAUUAAGAAACAAUUGGACACGUUGUUCAAAGAUAUGAUAAGUACGCUUAGGGACUCUGAAUCGAGGAUCAAGGAAGAGGUGAGUAGAGUUGAGGCUAAUAUUUAUCCAAGGCACAUGGGCACACUGCAGCUUCUCCGAAACCCGACUGAUUUUCAACCAAUGAGUGCGGGUCUGGAAGAAUCGGAGGCAUUCGUUCGACAUCAGUGCAGCGAUCCACUGUCAAGGAUUCAGAACCGCAAACUCGAUGCACUGUUAAGGCUAAUACCAAAAACUGUGUCCGACCUUGACCACUUAAAACGGGAACUGGCGAAAACUGUGGAUGCCUUGCAAAAUAAGGUAGAUGCACUUAGGGGACCCGAAAGGGAGCUGAAAGAACAAGUUGCCAGGGUUGAAGGCAAUGUCUCUUCGAGACUCGAAAAGACAGUGCGGUUUCUACAAAGAACAAUAGAAUCUUUGCAGCUGAAUUAUCAGUCUUCACAGAGAGACAGAGUGUCGGCUGUGGUCCCUCGGAGUGAUGCAGACAUCAUUCGAUUCAGCAUUGAAGAGCGGAUUAUCCUGCGGAAGCUGGACAGCUUUUCCCACGAAAUAACGAGCACCCUGGAACUAUUACGCCAGCAGAUUAACCGGGAUCGUGGUGAGCCAUGGGUUUCAGCAGUUUAUGAAAUUUACGAGCGUCCUUGUCGGCGCCUGCCGAGCAACAAUGCUGCAUUCUGGGUUCGUAUUACCCUGAACAAAGCCCGAAAAAAGCCAAGCGACCUCGUAGGAUGGAAUCAAUGGAUAUACAGGGAUGUAUACAUGAAGCUUCUGUUUCGCUCUGAUAGGAGUGCCAUCCAAGUUCAUGUAGACCUCGUUGACUUUUCGGGAAAUUCUCGCACAAGCGAAGUCACGCUAAAGGCACUGCAUCACCAUUCUCAAACAGAGACUGAUUUUGAGAAGGUUCACCAAGAGCAAUGCAAGAACUGUAGCGAAGAGAGCACUUCUCAUCUAAGUGCGGACUUUGAGAUCGAACGGGAAAACCUUCUUGGAGGCUUCAUCACGAAAAAUGGAAAACUAAAGCUGAUGUUUAAUUUUUCCUAAGGGCAACGCUGAAGCCACUUGUGCUCCAUGGACUUCUAGUCAAUGCACACACUUUCAUUUGAUGUAGUUGUUUGCAGUUUAGGACGAGUAUCCUUCACAUGUCUUCAUGUCCCUUUGUACAUCCCCAGUUUAGCUGAUACGCUUUAAUAUUUCGAUUAAGUCGUGGGAAAACAAUGUCUGCUUAAGUUUUUACUUACGAUGUGAGCUUGCAACGACGUGUACCUAGCCAUUGCUUAAAAAUGGCUUUAACUGCUUGCUUUUGGAGCUACUGUGCUAGUGACUGCUUUGCUUAGACGACAACUAAUGAAAGAUUCGCUGGAGUGUUCUGAGUUAAUGCAGAUGCACUGCCUACAUUCUUAAAACAAAUGUAUGAGAUCGUCAAACAUGAUUUGCGAUAUGGCAACCUAAUAAUCUGGGCAUAAAUGCAAGAUCUGCUAUAUUGCAACAUAUAGUGUGCAAUAUAAAUUUAGUGAAUAAAGUGCACGAGCGACCAAGCCGCCUAACGGCCAAGGAAGUCAAGUUGUGUCAUUCCUCAAGUCUUCGAGCUUAUCAUACUGCGUUGCCACGGCGGUGGAAAGACCGCAAACGACCCAUAGUGUUCAAGAGAGGCAAUUCAAAUGAGAAGAAGAGUUAGGAAAGGAAAAUAUUGUGUACCUAAAUGUGCUCCAAUAAAGCGUAGCACCAAGCCAGUUGUUUCCUGACGCAUUAUAACACUUUUCUGUGAAUCCAUCUCACCAACGUGACAUUUGCUAUAUGUAGGUAGGGCCUUUCAUUCUUGUACGCUCAUUUCUUUGUUUUUACGAUUGUAUUGAAACUUGCGCUUGUCUGUUUACUGCUCAUAUCUCACAAAUAAAAAUAAAUCCUGUG